CUUCAGAAUGACCUUAGCCAUGAUUGCAUGAUUAAAGAAUCUGAUUAAUUAUUCUCUGACAUUUGCAAAUCUGAAACGAAACUGUCUGAGAAGUGUUAACUUUUCGAGUAGUUCCGUCGAUUCACGAACUACCUACGAAGUAAUAUCGUGUGUCUUCACGGUCUUGUUCACAGAGUCAAGUACAGACAUUUUCAUUUUAAAGAGAAAGUGAAGGUGAGUAAAGAAAGUCGUAUAUUUUGACUGUAGACGAAAGCGGAAGCGCCAAGCAUUAUUCCUUCGCUAUGAUUUGAACCAAGACAAAGCGGGUUAUUGUCAAUUUCAGAUGACUAACUUUAGCAUAGAUAAACGUCCAAGAGCGAAGGCCGUAGAUUAAAAACUCCUCAAUGCAUUUGUUUUAAUUUUACACGACACAGGAAUGAGCUAAACAACAUUGGACGCUGUGAGAAUUAAGUCACGCAUAUGGCCGUAUGACUUUGUCUUUGUCAGUUAUUUUCAUUACUCCUCGAUAGUUCAUCUACUCGAUCAAUUCCCUUCCGAGCCAGUUAAAGUGACGAUUAUUUGCAAUGAUUGCAGUUAAAAGAUACUGAUCCGCUUAUUUAAGUCAAGUCUAUAGUCAAAACGGCGAUAGCUGAUACUUGUCCAGAAGCAAACAAAUGCAUUAAGAUGUCUUGAAGAUAACAAAUGGCUAAAACUGUUCGGUAAAGUUAUUAUGAAUUUUAAAGCAAAGGAGACUAAAAUCUUCUUUAAAAUACAGGAUCAGUUCGAUUUACCAUGCAGCUAUCCGUGCUUCGAUUGUAAGAAUCUCAGAAGAUCCUUUCAGAUAUGCCAGCUUCAAUAUGUGUUUCGCUAAGAGGAAGUAAUUUUUAGUCUAGGCGAGAGCAUUACUCACUCGAUGUGAUUUGCACUGAAGCAAAGCGGCGAUUCUACUCAAUCCUGAGUGAUAAUUUUGUCGUGGAGGGACAUGCAAGAGCGCGAAUUUUUCACUGAGUUCAUGGUUUACAACCACUUCUUCCCACUUUUUUAAAUGCAAACAACACCUGGAUGAUUUGAACGGUAAGCAAUAGAAAUUCAGGCUGUGAGAAUUGAUUUGUUAGUUGUGCUUCGAUUCUAAGAAUCUUGAAAGAUCAAAUAUAUGAUCUCUGGUUUACCCUAUGAAUAUCUGUUUUAGUCAUGAAGGCAAGUUUAUCGAUUUGCUCUGUCUCUCUCUGUUGAAAGGUUAUGAAUUUGUGAGGUAGACAUCAAAACUUUUGUUUUCGUACAGUCGUACAAUCGUUCUUCGGUUCUCGCUACAGAAGUGAGAUAAGUUAAUCUUGCGAUUUGUUUUGGUAACACUUGCAUUGCCCCUAGGGCUUCAAGUUAUUAUUAUAAAUGUAACUUUUCAUAAUUGUAGUAGUUCUGGUCUCUUUUUCUGAAAGGAUUUUAAGACAUAUUACUAUUUGUUCAUAUUUCAUGCAGCCUAGAGGAAACGUAACGGCAACAUAUUUAGUUGACUUGAAAUUUCAGUUGACCAAAAUUUUGUCAUUUCGUCGAGCAGUGUGGAUUUGAAUAGUUAUCCAAGGUCAUCAUAACAUUUACUGUCAAGUGAGUAGUUAAGUAUCAUCGCUUCAGCUUUAUCAUUUUGCGACUCAACUUGUUGUGUGGCAAGAUAGCCCUGAGGCAAAUCCAAACGUUGUGAUUGGUUCUUACUUGGUCUGUAUUUUGCCAUAAGAACUGUUUCCACGGAGACGGUCAAAAGGCGUUCAUUUUUGUUCACCAAAGCUGGCUCAAAAUAAACAAGUUUGGCCCGAGUGCCACAUAAUAAACUACAUACUAUAUGCUUGCUUUCUUGAACCGUACUGGGUAAUAUUCAGUUUGCACUCGUUCGAUUUUGUAUGCACCUCGCUGCGCUCUGUCCUUACUGCCACGACUUCGGGUCAAUAAUCCUCCGUACGGCCCUCGUGCUCGAUUAUUAAGAAUAACGCUGUAACUGGAGAAGUUCUGUUUUAGCUACCAAAGUAGGGCUGUUUCGGUGAUUGAAAUACAGUUCUAUUUUUUGGUCUCUAAUUUGUCCCUUGUAGAAAAGGGUUGUUUUAGCACGAUUGUUUUGGGAGUCAAUUCUUUCUUUAGAGAGAAUAAAAUUGAUUGCUAUUUUGUGGCCAAUUUAAGUAAACUUAUGUUACAAAAUAACGUAGAUAAAUGGCUAAAUGGGCAUCAUAAGGACUGGAAUGAUGCUCAUGACAGGAGCUGUUUUGAAGAACUAUGUAAAACAGCCUCUGAAAAAAAAACUAAACUGGUUGUUAUAUGAUGUAAAUAGGCCCCACUUCAGCAAUUUCAUAUCUGUACCAUGUAGUUGAAUGGCUUCGUAUGCAGCGCAAGUUUGAGUUGAGUUCUCACGUGAGGUUUCAGACCAAAAUUGCACAACAUGAAGUUCAAUUACCACUUCAUUACAUCCAUUUUGAAAUCACAAAAUUCAAUUUCUAUUUAGGAUUGUUUAGUAUGUACAAAUGUUUUUUUGAUCCCGCAGUGAACUUGUUUGUAGAAAGUUGCAAAAGUUGUUUUUUCAUUUUCCUGCAAUUUGAUUUAUUUCUUUAAACAAACAAUGGGUUGCUGUAUUUUAGUUGAUGUAACAAAUAAACACAUACAUCUAUAUAUACACCCGUUUUUUAAAUAAAUACAAAUAUAUACACACCUUUUUUUAUCCAUAAGGUGUUGACAAAACAAAUUAUAAGUACAAUUUUUCAAAAUUAAGUACAAUAGUUGCUGUCCAAAUGAAAAAAAAAUAGUAUUGUUCCUUUGACGUGGAAUAUACAUGUAUCGUGCAUCACCUUAUUUUUUCCUACCAAAAUAUUGCUUACAGUAUACACUUACAUGUAAGACAUAAUAAAGCUAUACUUAGAUCUCUACGUUACAUACGUGACAUACUUUACUGACAUAAUAGUUUUUUCUUCAGUUUCCACUUACGUAAGAAUUUUCCCCUUUGAGUAAAGUCAGAUGCCAACUUUUUCAAUGUUGUAUUGAAACUUUAGGGAGUGCUUCUGUAAAAUCAGGGUUAUGUCCUUCCAUUUCACAUUUGUAUAUGAAAAACAUAACCACUGUAAAAUCCAGUUCAGCUGCAUUUUUUACAGGCAAACAGAUUGUGUGGCCCGAGAAAAACAUAUUCAAGGGAGAAUUCAACUUCAAUUUAAGUUACUUCCUAAAUGCAAUUAGUGAGAGCGCUCCAAAGAUGAAAGAUCCGGUAAAAAGUUAUCAAUUAGAAGCCCUGCACCUACGAAAACUGUAAAAUGAUUAAGCUUCAAUCCUAACUGGCAUACACCUUGAUCACAGUAGUGUAGAGUUAGGGGAAAAAUUAAUCAUUAAAAGAAUUGCACCUACAUGUACUGUUAAAUAAUCAAUCAAUACAGAAAGGAUUCCUCAGCUAAAAAAGGCUUCAAUCCUAACUGGCAUACAUCUUGAUCACAGUAGUGUAGAGCAAGGGGAAAAUUAAUCAUUAAAAGAAUUGCACCUACAUGUACUGUCAAAUAAUCAAUCAAUGUCUGCCAGAAAGGAUUCCUCAGCUAAAAAAGGCUUCAAUCCUAACUGGCAUACAUCUUGAUCGCAGUAGUGCAGAGCGAGGGGAAAAGUUAAUCAUUAAAAGAAUUGCACCUACAUGUACUGUCAAAUAAUCAAUCAAUGUCUGACAGAAAGGAUUCCUCAGCUAAAAAAGGCUUCAAUCCUAACUGGCAUACACCUUGAUCACAGUAGUGUAGAGCAGGGGGGAAAGUUAAUCAUUAAAAGAAUUGCACCUACAUGUACUGUUAAAUAAUCAAUCAAUGCCUAAGAAAAGGAUUACUCAGCUCAAAAAGCUUCACUCCUUGGCAUAUACCUUGAUCACAGUACUGUAGAGCAAAAGGGAAAAUUUAACAAAUGAAAGCAAAGUACCUAAAUGUAAUCUAAAUAUUUAAUCAGUGCUUAACAGUAAGGAUUCAUCAGCAAAAAGCUUCAUAAUCCCAACUGGUAAAUCCCUUGAACACAGAAGUGUAUGGCAAGAAAAGACUAAUCAGUAGAUGCACUGCACCAACAUGCCCUGUUAAUGAUUAAUCAAUGCCUAACACAUGGGAUUCCUCAACAAAAAGCUUCCCUCCUAAUUGGAAAUUACCUUGAUUAUGGUAGUUUUGAGUAAUGGAAAAAGGUAAUCACUAAAGGCAAUGCACAUAAUGUCCAGUAAAAUGAUCAAUCAAUGCCUACCAGUUAGGAUUCCUCAGCUAAAAGCUUAACUUGGAGGUGGUAUAUUUUUUUAUAGAGAAAAAAAUUUAUUAUUAAGCAUUGCACAUCCAUGUACUGUAAAAUGAUCAAUCUGAGCCUAACAGUAACAAUCCAUGAGUGAAAAAAAGCUGCACUACUAACUGACUUAUCCCUUGAUCACAAUUAAGUGCAGAGCAAAGGAAACAAAUAAUCAUAAGAUGCACUGCACCUUAAUGUACAGUGACUGAUCAAUGCCUUACAGCAAGGAUUCCUCAGCUAAAAGUUUCACUCCUAACCGGCAUAUACGUUGAUCACAAGAGUAUGGAGCAAAGUGAAAAAAAUCACGAGAUGCACUGCACCCACUUAAACUGUAAAAUGAUUAUCACUUCCUGACAGUAAGGAUUCCUCAGCCAAAAGCUUUACUCCUUACUGGCUGUAUCUUCAUCACAGUAGUGUAGAGCAGAGGUAGAGCAUAUUACAUGGCCACGCGGUGAUACGAAUUUUAUCUUCGAGUGUAACGAGUGAGUGAAGCGACUAUACCUAUAACAGUAAGGAUUCCUAAGCAAACAUCUUUACUUCUACCUGGCACCUACCUUGACCACAGCAGUGAAAAGCGAGAGAAAAAAAUUUAAGCAUAAGAAGCAGUGAACCUACAGUACUUCAAAACGAUCAAUAAAUGCCUAAAAUUAAGGAUUCCUCAGCUAAAAUCUUCACCCUGGUAGGCAUAUACCUUGAUCAUAUGUAAUUUAACGUAAUAGAAAAAUUUAUCAUCAGAAGCAUUGCACAUACGUGUGCUGUUAAAAACGAUCAAUCUGAGCAUAACAGCCAGGAUUCAUCAGUAAAUAAGGCUUCAAUACUUACUGGCAUAUACCUUGAUCACGUUAGUGCAGACCAAAGAAAAAAAUAAUCAAAAGAUGCAUUGCACCUACAUGUACUGUAAAUAUUCAAUCAUUGCCUAAGAAAGGAUUUUGUCUGCAAAAAAAAUCUUCACUCUUGAAUGGCAAUUACUUUGAUAUCAGUGGUGUAGAGCUAGGGGAAAAAUAAUCACCUAUACAUAGUGUAGAAUGAUCAAUCAAUGCCUAACAGAAAGGAUUCCUCCGCAAAGAAUUUUAUUCCUUACCCCAUCUACUUUGAUCACAGUAGUGUAGAACAUGAGAAGAAAUUAGUCAUUUGAAGCAUUGCACCUAUACGUACUGUAAAAUUAUCAAUCAGUGCUAAACAACAAGGAUUCCUCAUCCAAUAAUCUUCACUCCUAAUUGGUAAAUACCUUUAUCACAAUAGUGUGGUGCAGGGGAAAAAAUGAUAAGAAGAACUACUGCUCCCACAAUUUACUUGGAUUAAUCAAUUAAUGAGUAACAUUGAAGAUUCCUCAGCCAAUAGUUUUAAUCCUAACUAACAUAUACCCUGAUCACAGAAGUAUAGAGCAAGGGGAAAAUUAAUCCUUAAAAGCAGUCGUAUGUACACUGUAAAAUGAUCAGAUAAUGCCUAACAGUAUAGAUUGCUCAGCUGAAAGCUUAACUCCUUAGUGUCUCAUUCCUUCCCCACAGUGGUGUAGGGCAAGGGAAAAAUAAAUAACUAGAAACAUUGCAUCUAAAUGUACUGUAAAAUGCUCAAUCAAUGCUUUAAAGUUAAGAUUCUUUAGCUAAAGCCGUACUCCUUACUGGCAUAUACUCUGAUCACAGUAGCGUGGAGCAGAGGAAAGAAGAAAUUGAUCAUUUGAAAAUCAAUCAAUCAAUCAAUCAAUCAAUGAAAGAAUCAAUCAGUGUUUAAAGGUACGAAUCUCUCAGGAAAAUACUUUUCUCCAAACUGACAUAUACCUCGAUCACAUAAAAGUAUGAGUAUCGGAUUACUUAUGCAUACUUGCCUAGGAUGAGGCCGAGUGGAUAGUCCCCGUAACGAAGCAAGCCACGUAAAUUAUGAUCACGAGGGAAUCGGAUGUCCGCAACUUGACUCUUGUUUGCAAAAAGUUAAAUCGCUACAAUAAGUAGCUGUGUAAAACUCUCCGUCCCUUCUUUCGUUAAAACCUCUGACACUCUCUGACAUGCGUGCUAGCUGAGAGAAUGAGCUCUCAAAGAUAUCUGGGACUAACCAGUGUUGGUAACCAUGCAGGCUUUUUUUUUUUAAACAAAAGCAUGUCGAGUUAAGUACAAAUAAUACUUCUCAAAUACUUACUUGAUAUUCUCCCAAUAGUUUUCGAUGGAAAUCCAUGUUUUAACGGCCUCUAUGGUGAACCAUUCGGUGGACUUCUCUAUGUUUAAAUGGUCGGUUCUAGUUAUGAAUGAACUGAGCUUUUUUUCUUAAAUCCUGGCAGAGUAAUCUCGCUGACAGAAUAGGAAGCAGCUCUAACUGAUCAUGAGAAAAUGUUGCUUCAUACUGCAGCUGAACAAAAGGCAUGGUGAAGCAAAUGGUUACGACCAAUGAGAGGCUUAAACGUCUGUGAAUAUAUGAAAGUCAUAUACUUGAACUGCGGAUAAAGACGUGAAUAUGAGCGAUCUUCGUAUUAAUGAACACCACUUGAGCAAGCACUGCUCUGGUAUCGCAGAGGUCAUGGGCUCAAAUCCCGUACACGUCUGAAUUUUUUUCAGGCCUUAUUUUCACUACUGCCCAAGCAGUGUUCAUUACUGCGAAGAUCGCUUUCAUAUUCACAAUGAGAGGCUCACAACCUCUAGACAACCUUACGUUACAAUUCGCCUUUGUAAUUUCUAGCCGAGUUUGUUUUUGAGAGGACCAUUCAUUAUGGCAAUCCCUCAGGCACAGAAUUCUACCUAACGCAAGAUCGAAAACGGUCCAUGAAAAUGGGUGAGAUGGCCCAAUUAGGGCUAACUGACCAUGAAUAGAAAUGCUUCUCCCAAUUUGUGAAGUUAUUGGACACCAUUCCCAUUAAAUGUCUCUUGCAUUGAUAUAUGUCCUUUUUUCAGCUGGAAUCCUCUUGUUAUUUCUGGAGCCUUAUCGAAAUGUAAUGAAACAGGAGCUUAAAUGACCGGUGAAACAUAGCUCUGAGAUCGAUUGAACACUACCUCGCAUUGUCACUGUUGUUCCUAACUGUCCCACAAUUCAUGAUCACUUACAUGCGACGAUGAAGCUUUAGCAAGGUGUUUAUUAACGUUGUCAUAUUAACUAAAAGCAGGAUAGUUUUACGAUCCUUAUAGAUAUCAAGUAUCCUGGCGAAGUAACCUGAGACAAGUAUAUGUCUAGAUCAAAGCUUCAUAUCGCUUCUUUGAAAACUCAACAGAUUCCUUGAGCGACAUGUUACAAUAAAGCCCGCCAUGUUGAAGGGUAGAACUAUCGGUUAAUAUCCAGUAACAAUAAUAUACCACUGAAGUGCUAAUUUGCUCUUCCGGUUUGAUUGAGCCUUUACCAGAAUAGCAGGAUAAUUCUCUUCAAAACUUCAGAGAAUUUCCUCUCUAAACAUUACUUCAGUUGUAGAAACACUGGAAAAAAAAAACCCUCCUUUAACUCAUAUUGACUUUGCUUUAAUUAUUUAAUUUUUUUUCUCAGGUCUUAUUUCAGCUACUAGUUCAGUAGUGUUCAUAGCUGCGAGGAUCUCUUAUAUUCGUUUUUUCACCGCAGUGCACAUAUAUGAUUUUCAUAUAUCUUACAGUCAUUAUUUUCUUUGAUUAGUUAUCCAUCACUAAGUUCCUGUCCAGCUAGCUAGUUAACUCAUGUCAAUAAUAAUAUCUAAACAUUUUCCAAAUAAUUUGGCAUAUCAUUUUAUCACAAUCGAUUUUAUGCUACAUAAACCAAAUAGGUGACUGUAUUUCUAAGAUAUUUUAGAAUCAGACAGCCAAAGGCUGAUCAGCAUUGACUCUGAGUACUGAAUAUCAUAACCAUAUUAUUGAUCACAUAAUUAUUCCCAGGAACCUGUUGAACAUGGCGGACGCUACCAUCACUGAAAGCACGAGUCAAGCAACAAGCAAAAGAAAACCACCAGAGGUAGAUGUUAAAGUGCCAGAGGUUGAAAAUCUCCCGCAGCACUCAGAGCCUUGGAAAAACGUCCAAAACAACUUUCUGCCGGUCCAUUUUCUUUUGCUGACGGUAAAUGACUGCGAAUUCCGAAGCUGUCUUUCCUUUCUCAAAGAAGAUUUUGUGAAAAGUUAUCGCAAAACCCUUGGCUUUGUAUACUUUGGAAGUAUCCUUGACAACGAGAAAGUGAAGGUUGCAGUGAUGAAAUGCAAUAUGGGUGGUGCCGCUCCCGGUGGUUCCCUGGUUGUUGUCCCGAAAGCGGUCCGCAUCUUGAAGCCCAAAGCUGUGUUUAAUGUGGGUUUCUGUGCUAGUUUGAACAAGGAGAAAGCAAAGCUAGGUGAUGUGGUCGUGUGCUCAAAGUUAAUAACCUACGCCUUCAUAAAACAAGAGGAAGAUAGGAUCGAGGAGCAAGGUGUCAGAGUUCCUUUAAAUAAGGGUCUAUCAGGUAUUGCCAGACACAUUGGAGAUGGAUGGAAACCACCCGUGAAGAACUCAACCGAUCUGAAGGUGAAACCAAGCACGAAUGGCGUAUUUCUGAGUGGGCCUGAGGUGAUUAACGACCCAAAACGACUUGCUGCACUGAUGAAACGAUUUCCAGAAGCAACAGCAAUUGAGAUGGAAGGGGAAGGUAAUAAAUGAAAAGUAAAAGUACGUAUUUCAGACUAUUUAUAUCUGUACGGGGUCCUGUUUGGCCGUCCGUCUUUCUUUCUGUCUUUCUGUCUUUAAUGUCUGUUGGUCUCUUUUUCUAUCUGUUACACAUGCCAGGAUACAUACAGCUGCUGAAUCAAGUUAAGUUUCACCACCAUUUCAUUUUUAUUUUGUAAAUCAAUUUUUUUCUGGAAUGUUGAUGGAUAAUCACUGUAAGAAGUAUUUUUGACUGCCUUGUCCUCAAAAUCAAUAAAAAGUGGCAAGUUACACUAAAAUUUUAGCCCAACUUACAUUCAUAACCAUAACAAUCGAUUCUCAUUGAGCUUGGCACCUGCGAACGAAAUAAAUUAUGUCCAAGUGAUGGAAUAUCGGAUACAGUUGAACGGAAGUUGCAGGAGAAGUAAAAUCCACAAUACAAACAUCAAAACAAAUUAAAGCUAGAACAACGAAGAUUACAACUCUGAUGCCUUUCGUUUGUUGUCUGUUUGAUAUUUUACUCAUUUUUCGCUCUCUUUAUUUCUUCCUUGCAUGCUCCCCAUUACCUUGUAUGACAACUAUUUCGCUGUUUCUAUCUGUCCUUCCAUGAGUCUCUCUGAUAACUGUCUGCCAGUGUCUCUCUUUCUAACUGAUUUAAAAUAAUAUGUAAUUUCUUUAAUCGUAACAAAACUGCAAGGAUCAUAUCUUUGCUAAUAUUUACUGAUAUACUUAUCCAUUUACUUAUUUAAAAAGGCAAAGUGAAAACCCGGCGUCUAUUCAGUAUCUCUUAUAAACCAAUGCUUUUCUUUAAGGUCUUUACGCAGCCGCCCAUGAUCUCAACAUUGAAUGGAUUGUCAUUAAGGGCGUGUCAAACUUCGCCGAUGGAAAAAAAUCUGAAACUGAUCAUUGGAGACUAUUUGCCAGUGUUAUGGCGGCCUCUCUCGUUGCACACAUUCUAAAAGAUUCUGGUAUUUUUGAGUCCUGGCCUCACUUCGAAGGUAAUUAUGCAGUUGGUUGA